AUGGCGGAAAGCCUCCACAACAUCCCGAUGGUCAUUGACAAUGGCUCGGGCACGAUACGCGCAGGUUUUGCGGGCGAGGAGCUGCCCAAGUGCUAUUUCCCGUCGUUUGUCGGACGGCCGAAGCACCUGCGCGUGCUGGCUGGUGCGCUCGAGGGCGACUGGUUCGUCGGGCCGCGGGCGGCAACCGAGCUGCGCGGACUGCUCAAGAUCAACUACCCGCUGGAGCAUGGUAUCGUGACGGACUGGGACGACAUGGAGAAGAUCUGGGCAUACGUCUACGACGAGGGCCUCAAGGUGCUGAGCGAGGAGCACCCCGUGCUGCUGACGGAGCCGCCGUUGAAUCCGCGCAGCAACCGCGAUACUGCGGCUCAGAUCCUCUUCGAAACUUUCAACGUCCCGGCGCUCUACACGUCCAUCCAGGCAGUGCUAUCGCUGUACGCGAGCGGCCGCACCACCGGCAUCGUUCUGGAUGCUGGCGACGGCGUCAGCCACGCCGUGCCUGUCUACGAGGGCUUCGCCAUCACUAACUCGAUCCAGCGCAUCGAUGUGGCCGGCCGCGACGUCACCGAGUAUCUGCAGACGCUCUUGCGCAAGAGUGGCUAUGUCUUCCACACCAGUGCCGAGAAGGAGGUCGUGCGCCACAUCAAGGAGGCCACCAGCUACAUCGCCCUCGACCCCAAGAAGGAGGAGAAGGACUUUAUGACGGCCAAGUCGGAUCCAAAACGGACUGCCGAGUUUGUCCUGCCCGAUGGCAACAAGCUGAAGGUCGGCGCUGAACGCUUCCGUGCACCCGAGAUUCUCUUUGAGCCCGAGCUCAUCGGACUGGAGUACCCCGGCGUGCACCAGAUGGUGGUCGACGGCAUUGUGCGCACGGAUCUGGACCUGCGCAAGUCGCUGUAUGCCAACAUCGUGCUGUCCGGCGGGACGACGCUGACCAAGGGCUUUGGUGAUCGGCUACUGCAUGAGAUCCGCAAAAUUGCCGUCAAGGACAUGCGGAUCAAGAUCUUUGCACCGCCAGAGCGCAAGUACACGACCUGGAUCGGUGGAAGCAUCCUGGCUGGUUUAAGCACCUUCAGAAAGAUGUGGGUCAGCAUUGACGACUGGCACGAAAACCCUGACAUUAUCCACACAAAGUUCACGUGA